AUGGUGGAUCAAAAAUUUAAUGGUCUAAAAGAUAAUUUUGAGCUGUUCGGUUCUAAGAAUAAGCUUCUUGUGGCAAACAGAGGUGAAAUUCCUAUACGUAUUUUCCGUACAGCUCAUGAACUGUCCAUGAGAACUGUAGCUAUAUAUUCCCAUGAAGAUAAGCUAUCAACACACAGAUUAAAAGCUGAUGAAUCUUAUUUGAUCGGUAAAACAAAUCAAUUUACUCCCGUUGGUGCAUAUUUGGCAAUUGAUGAAAUUAUCAACAUUGCCAAAAAGCAUGAUAUUGACUUCAUUCAUCCUGGCUAUGGUUUCUUAUCUGAAAAUUCAGAAUUUGCAAGGAGAGUGACCGAAGCAAGUAUCACUUGGAUCGGUCCUCCUGCUGAGGUAAUAGAAUCGGUGGGUGACAAGGUUAGCGCCAGACAUUUGGCUGAAAAAGCACAUGUCCCAACUGUACCAGGCACGCCUGGGCCAAUAGCUACUGUGCGAGAGGCUCAAGAAUUCGUUAACAACUACGGAUACCCUAUUAUUAUCAAAGCAGCAUAUGGAGGGGGUGGAAGAGGUAUGAGAGUCGUUAGAGAAGGCGAAGACUUGGAUGAUGCAUUCCAUAGAGCUACUUCAGAGGCAAAAACAGCAUUUGGAAAUGGUACAGUAUUUAUUGAAAGGUUUUUGGAUAAACCAAAACACAUUGAGGUUCAAUUAAUAGCUGAUAAUUAUGGUAAUGUUGUACACCUCUUUGAAAGGGAUUGCUCGGUGCAAAGAAGACAUCAAAAGGUUGUUGAAGUGGCUCCGGCAACAACCUUAUCAUCUGACUUGAGAAACGCAGUUUUAUCUGAUGCAAUCAAACUGGCGAAGGAAGCCGGCUAUAGAAACGCUGGUACGGCGGAAUUUCUUGUCGAUAAACAAAAUCGACACUACUUCAUUGAAAUUAACCCAAGAAUUCAAGUAGAACACACAAUUACCGAAGAAAUUACAGGAAUUGACAUCGUGUCAGCUCAAAUCCAAAUUGCAGCGGGGGCUUCAUUGAAAGAUUUGGGUCUAAUACAAAACCGGAUUUUUACGAAAGGUUUUGCAAUACAAUGCAGAAUUACAACUGAAGACCCUUCCAAGAAUUUUCAACCCGAUACAGGCAGAAUCGAAGUUUACGAUUCCGCUGGCGGUAAUGGUGUCAGAUUAGAUGGAGGAAAUGUAUAUGCAGGUGCAAUAAUUUCCCCGCAUUAUGACUCAAUGCUGGUGAAGUGCACCUGUUAUGGUGCAACCUAUGAAAUUGUGCGUCGUAAAAUGAUAAGGGCUUUGAAUGAAUUCAGUAUUAGAGGUGUAAAAACUAACAUACCAUUUCUAUUGACGUUGUUAUCCAAUCCUGUAUUCAUUGAUGGCACUUAUUGGACCCCUUUUAUUGAUGAUACACCUCAACUCUUCAAGAUGGUCGAAUCUAAAAAUAGAGUACAAAAACUAUUAAGAUAUUUGGCGGAUUUGACGGUGAAUGGUUCUUCCAUCAAAGGACAAAUUGGGCUCCCAAAAUUGAAUAAGAAUCCCGAUAUUCCAUUUAUCCAUGAUGCAAAUGGUGAAAUAAUUGAUGUUGACAAUCAACCUCCACCGGGUGGCUGGAGGAAAAUUUUGCUGACACAAGGUCCUGAAGAAUUUGUAGAGCAAGUAAGAAGUUUUACAGGCACGUUGCUAAUGGAUACAACAUGGAGAGAUGCACAUCAGUCUUUAUUGGCGACAAGAAUUAGGACAUAUGACCUGGCACAGAUUGCACCAACCACAGCGCACGCUCUUUCUGGUGCAUUUGCAUUGGAAUGUUGGGGCGGCGCCACUUUUGAUGUUGCAAUGAGAUUUUUACACGAAGAUCCCUGGGAGAGAUUAAGAAAGUUAAGAGAAUUGGUACCUAAUAUCCCCUUUCAGAUGUUACUACGUGGGGCAAAUGGUGUGGCAUAUUCUUCCUUACCAGAUAACGCAAUUGAUCACUUUGUUGAAUUAGCCAUAAAAAAUGGUGUCGAUAUCUUCAGAGUCUUUGAUUCGUUGAAUGAUUUAGAACAACUAAAAGUUGGUGUUGAUGCAGUAAAAAAGGCUCAUGGAGUGGUGGAAGCAACUAUCUGUUACUCUGGUGAUAUGUUACAGCCAGGCAAGAAAUACAACUUAGAUUACUAUCUUGAAGUAGCCGGCCAAAUUGUCAAAAUGGGGACACAUAUUCUUGGUAUUAAAGAUAUGGCUGGAACCCUCAAACCCGCGGCGGCAAGGAUUUUAAUAGGUACUUUGAGGGAAAGAUUUCCCGAUUUGCCAAUUCAUGUCCAUACGCACGAUUCAGCUGGUACAGGUGUAGCUUCUAUGGCAGCAUGUGCUAUCGCAGGAGCGGAUAUUGUAGAUGUCUGCACUAACUCGCUCUCUGGUUUAACAUCACAACCUUCAAUAACAGCACUCUUAGCUUCAUUAGAUGGUACGAUUGAUACUGGUGUUAAUGCAGACCAUGUUCGUGAACUUGAUGCCUACUGGGCAGAGAUAAGGUUACUUUAUUCUUGUUUUGAGGCUGACUUGAAAGGUCCGGAUCCCGAGGUCUACCAACACGAAAUACCAGGUGGUCAGUUAACAAAUUUACUAUUUCAAGCACAGCAGCUUGGCCUCGGUGAAAAAUGGAUUGAAACUAAAAGGGCUUACAAAGAAGCUAAUCUACUGCUAGGUGACAUUGUUAAAGUUACACCAACUUCAAAGGUAGUCGGUGAUUUAGCACAGUUUAUGGUGACUAACAAGUUAAACUCAAAUGACGUCAAAAGAUUAGCCAAUACAUUAGAUUUGCCAGAUUCAGUAAUGGAUUACUUCGAGGGUUUAAUGGGCCAACCAUAUGGUGGUUUCCCAGAACCGCUCAGAACUGACAUACUGAAAGGAAAAAGAAGGAAGCUGACUAGUAGACCAGGUAGGGAAUUACCGCCAUUCGAUUUGACACAAAUACGAGAAGAACUUGAAUCAAGGUUUGGAGAUAUUAGUGAAUGCGAUGUCGCCUCUUACAAUAUGUAUCCAAAAGUCUACGAGGAUUUCCGAAGAAGUAGAGAGCAAUAUGGCGAUUUGUCUGUCAUACCAACAAAGAGUUUCUUAGCGCCACCUAAAAUCGAUGAGGAGAUUGAAAUCAACAUCAACCAAGGGAAGCGCUUAAUAGUAAAACUACAAGCAAUUAGUGAUUUGAAUCAGAAAACUGGUAAUAGAGAAGUAUAUUUUGAGGUUAAUGGUGAGCUAAGAAAAGUUCGCACAGCUGACAAAUCGCAAGCAAUCUCUGAGGCAGCAAAACCUAAGGCAGAUAGCCAUAAUCCUCUUCAAAUUGGUGCACCGAUGGCUGGUGUGAUUGUGGAGAUAAAGGUACACAAGGGUUCAUUGGUCAAAAAAGGUCAGCCAGUUGCCGUCUUGAGUGCAAUGAAAAUGGAGAUGCUUAUUUCAGCCACCGCUGCUGGGCUUGUUAAGGAAGUUUUAAUUAAAGAAUCAGAAAAUGUCGAAGCUUCUGAUCUGUUAAUUGUUUUAGAGGAAGAAGUCGUAGAGCUAUCUGAAGAGAAUUAA